AUCUUCUCCCCUCUCCGCCCGCCGCUUCCCCCUCCCCCCCUCUCUCUCUCACUCCCAGCCGCACCCAAACCCUAACCCUAAACCCCUCCCCACCAACCCCCGUCCAAUCUUUACACCCCCAGUGACCUGGCUCGCCUCCCGGAUUCGUUGCGCCGGGCGGACUCGAUCGAUGUAGGCGAACAAGCGCCGCGACCUCAUGAUGGCUGCGGGGUGACGUGGAGGAGGGAAGGGGAGAGAGAGCAAGCGUCGAUGGCAUUGGGAGAUCUCAUGGCGUCCAGUCUCGUGCACUCGUCGUCAUCGUCGCCGUCGCAAUCGCCGGCCGCGCCCUCGGCGCCCCUGCCGAAUCACCACCACAACCACGUCACAGAUGACCUCCCCGUCAUGAAUGGACCAGAGCCCAGAAAUGGCCUGGAGGCCGAUGAGGAGAAGCCGGCGCCGGUGGCGUACCUGCCCCAGGUGGCGGUGCUGUGCGAGCAGCGCCACGAGGGACUCGACGAGGCUGCCGCGGCGGCGGCCGGGCCCUCCACCAGCGGGCUCGUCUCCAAAUGGCGGCCCAAGGACCGGAUGAAGACUGGAUAUGUUGCACUUGUAGUAUGUUUAAACAUUAGUGUUGAUCCGCCAGAUGUAAUUAAAAUUUCUCCUUGUGCAAGAAUGGAGUCCUGGAUAGAUCCAUUUUCUAUGGCACCUCCAAAAGCCCUCGAAAGUAUUGGAAAAACAUUGCACUCGCAAUACGAACGAUGGCAACCUAAGGCUCGUUACAAGCUUCAGCUGGAUCCAACAGUGGAGGAAGUUAAGAAGCUCUGUAAUACUUGUCGCAAAUAUGCCAGAUCAGAGAGAGUCCUUUUCCAUUAUAAUGGUCAUGGUGUACCAAAACCUACAGCUAAUGGUGAGAUUUGGGUGUUUAACAAGAGUUACACCCAGUAUAUUCCACUUCCUAUUACCGAUCUUGAUUCAUGGCUAAAAACACCUUCAAUUUAUGUCUUUGACUGCUCAGCAGCUGGAAUUAUUGUUAAAGCUUUUCUAGAGCGCCUAGACUGGAGUUCUAGCAGCUCUGCAUCUUCACUGAAGGAUUGCAUUCUUCUUGCUGCCUGCGAGGCACAUCAAACUCUUCCCCAGAGUGCAGAAUUUCCUGCUGAUGUGUUUACAGCCUGCCUCACAACACCCAUCAAAAUGGCUUUGCACUGGUUUUGUAGGCGAUCAUUACUCUGUGGUUCUCUGGAUCAUUCUCUUAUUGACCAAAUUCCUGGAAGGCAAAAUGACCGUAAAACUCUUCUUGGGGAGCUGAACUGGAUUUUCACUGCUAUUACAGAUACUAUUGCAUGGAAUGUUCUUCCUCAUGAUAUAUUCCAAAGGCUUUUCAGGCAAGAUCUUCUGGUUGCUAGUCUCUUUCGCAACUUCUUACUUGCUGAGAGAAUCAUGCGAUCUGCAAAUUGUUCUCCAAUUUCUUUCCCGUUGUUACCACCAACACAUCAACACCAUAUGUGGGAUGCAUGGGACAUGGCUGCUGAGAUCUGCCUUUCCAAGCUUCCUCAAUUAAUUGCUGAUCCAAAUGCGGAGUUUCAGCCAAGCCCAUUUUUUACGGAACAAUUGACGGCUUUUGAAGUAUGGCUUGAUCAUGGCUCUGAGGAGAAGAAACCCCCUGAACAGUUACCGAUAGUUCUUCAGGUCUUGCUUAGUCAAUCACACAGAUUCAGAGCGCUUGUUCUGCUUGGAAGAUUUCUUGACAUGGGACCAUGGGCAGUUGAUUUGGCCUUGUCUGUUGGAAUCUUCCCUUAUGUACUCAAACUGCUUCAAACAAGUGCAAUGGAGUUGCGUCAAAUUCUUGUGUUCAUAUGGACAAAAAUUCUGUCGCUUGAUAAGUCGUGCCAGGUUGACUUGGUUAAAGAUGGAGGGCAUGCAUAUUUUAUCAGGUUUCUUGACAGUUUGGAUGCUUACCCAGAGCAGCGUGCAAUGGCUGCUUUCGUUCUAGCAGUUAUUGUGGAUGGGCAUAGGAGGGGUCAAGAGGCUUGUAUUAAUGCGGGUCUUAUAGAUGUUUGCCUGAGACAUCUUCAACCUGAGAAUCCUCAUGAUGCACAGACAGAGCCUUUGCUUUUGCAGUGGCUGUGUUUAUGCCUUGGCAAACUCUGGGAAGAUUUCCCUGAGGCUCAGUUACUUGGUCUGCAAUCAAAUACGCCAGAAAUUGUUAUCUGUCUAUUGUCGGAGCCUCAACCUGAGGUACGGUGGCCUUCAUAUUGUCUCGGUUCUUUCUUUUGGCUACAUCGACAUAUUAAUAUUUGGUGUUGCCAGGUCAGAGCUUCUGCUGUUUUUGCACUUGGGAAUCUCCUGGAUAUGGGAUCUUCAUCAUUAAAUGGAACUGAUGACGAUUCUGAUGAUGAUGAAAAGGUGAAAGCUGAAAUAAAUGUUGUUCGAAGCCUUCUACAGGUCUCCUCAGAUGGUAGCCCCCUUGUUAGAUCUGAGGUUGCUAUAGCGCUUACCCGCUUUGCAUUGGGUCACAACAAACAUCUCAAAUCUAUUGCUGCUGAAUAUUGGAAACCUCAGACCAAUUCUUUGCUGAAGUCACUACCAUCAUUGGCUAAUAUAAGCAAUCCAAGCAAUGUUUACAGUCCCAACAACAUUCUACAAGGCAGCAGUGGCCUUGCUUCUCAUAUUGGUCCUGUGCUAAGGGUUGGCAGUGAUAGUAGUGCCACUGGCCGUGAUGGAAGAACUUCUGCAAGCAGCCCGAUUGUGACAACUAGCAUCAUGCAUGGCUCUCCCCAGUCAGAUGAUUCUUCCCAGCACUCUGAUUCAGGCAUAUUGCUGAAAGAGAAUGCAAGUAAUGGUGGUCUCAGCUACACCAGGUCAAAGCCUGUUGAUAGUGGAAUUUAUUCUCAAUUUAUAUCGACUAUGUGUUCUGUUGCUAAAGAUCCUUACCCAAGAAUUGCAACUAUUGGUCGGAGAGCACUGUCCCUCAUAGGUGUUGAGCAAGUGGUCGUGAAACAUACUAGAUUUAACAGUGGAGGUGCACAUCAAGGAGAGACAUCUGCACCUCCAUCAAACUUUGGAAUGGCACGCUCUUCUUCCUGGUUUGAUAUGAAUUCUGGAAACUUCUCAAUGACAUUUAGGACCCCUCCUGUUAGUCCCCCUCAGCAUGAUUAUCUUACAGGAUUACGCCGAGUGUGUUCUAUGGAGUUCAGACCGCAUCUUAUAAAUUCACCUGAAGGCUUAGUUGAUCCCCUUUUAAGCUCUGUUGCAGCUCCCAGUAAUGCUGAACUAAGUAUACUUCCCCAAUCCACAAUUUACAACUGGAGUUGUGGUCACUUCUCUAGGCCACUUCUAACUGGUUCUGAUGAUAAUGAGGAUGCAAAUGCUAGAAGAGAAGAGAGAGAACGAAUUGCACUGGAUUGCAUAGCUAAAUGCCAGCAUUCAUCAGCUUGCAAGAUGACCAGCCAAAUUGCUAGCUGGGAUACGAGGUUUGAGUUGGGUACAAAAGCAGCAUUAUUGAUGCCAUUUUCUCCUAUUGUCGUUGCAGCUGAUGAAAAUGAGCAAAUAAGAGUGUGGAACUAUGAUGAUGCACUACCGGUGAACACUUUUGAAAACCAUAAGUUGUCUGACAGAGGGCUAUCUAAGCUUUUGCUUAUCAAUGAACUUGAUGAGAGCUUGCUUUUAGCUGCCUCAAGUGAUGGAAAUGUCCGUAUAUGGAAAAACUUCACUCAAAAGGGAGGGCAGAAACUUGUAACUGCUUUCUCAUCAGUUCAGGGUCAUCGAGCUGCUGGUCGCAGUAUCGUGAUCGAUUGGCAGCAGCAAUCUGGUUGUCUGUACGCAUCUGGUGACAUGUCUUCCAUCCUGGUAUGGGAUCUUGACAAGGAACAGCUUCUCAGCACCAUUCAAUCAUCGACUGAUAGCGCCAUUUCUGCUCUGUCUGCAUCUCAUGUCCUCUCUGGUCAUUUUGCUGCUGGUUUUGCUGAUGCUUCUGUCAGGAUAUUCGACGUUCGCACUCCUGAUAGGCUUGUCUAUAUGGCCAGGCCACAUGCCCCAAGAACAGAAAAGGUUGUGGGCAUAGGGUUUCAACCUGGGUUUGAUCCAUACAAGAUUGUAAGCGCAUCUCAAGCUGGAGACAUUCAAUUUCUUGAUGUUAGAAGGGCAGCAGAACCCUACCUCACUAUCGAGGCACACAGGGGUUCGCUUACUGCACUAGCUGUUCAUCGGCAUGCCCCAGUUGUUGCAAGCGGCUCAGCCAAGCAGAUGAUUAAAGUGUUCAGCCUUGAAGGAGAACAGUUGACAAUAAUACGCUACCAACCAUCUUUUAUGGGCCAAAGAAUAGGCAGUGUAAAUUGCCUUUCUUUUCACCCAUUCAAAUCACUCUUGGCCGCUGGUGCUGGUGAUAAUGCUCUUGUCUCUAUCUAUGCGGAGGAAAAUUACAAGUAAGAUGAGAUCUACAUGCGUGACAUGCAACCACAAUGCAACCGACAGGCCUUAUGUUUGGUCAAAUGAUGGCUCCACACCAUGGUCCAGCUACAUCAUCCAAGAUGAUGUGAAGCCUGGUCACCGGCAUGGCGAUGAUGGCACCGUGGCUUUCAGUGCAGAUUGCCUGUUGGAUGACGUGUGCAGUUUGUAAGAUAGAGCACAAGAUUCAUUAGCCUCCUUGCAGAAGGUUGUCAAACUCCACCCUUGUCCUGUCAUUGAACUUGGAGGCUUCCCCCAAAUAAUAUCUAGGUUAACCAAAAUGUAUAUAGUCACCUCAUCCUGAUUGUCCUUUGCCGAUGUCCUUCCAUUCCAAAGUAUAAAAAGGCUUCAUAUCAUAAAUCAGGUUUGGUAGGGGCUGCCUGGGCAAGUGGUUGUGCAUAUGGGCCCAGGUAGAACGCAUGCACGUCUCUCUCACAGAUGUUCUAUAGUUGCAUUUGUCCAGCUAAUAUAGCAGCAGAUGGGGUUAGCGUGGCCUGCACGAAUAAAUGUCCUCCAGUCAUGCAUUGUAAUCAUUGGACAGAUUGUCCAUUUGUAUAUAUGAAUCGUGUUUGUACAGUUGUCAGCUAUCUGGUCUAAGGAUGUAGUGUGUGCAAGGGUGUUUUUUUUUUCCUUGGGUAUAGUUUUCAUCCCAGAAGUGAGAAAGAAAAAGGAAACAUGAGCGAGCUGUUGAAGACUUGA